AUGGACGUGGUGAUGGUAGAGAGGCAGGAUUCGAAAGUCAUCUUCUGGCAUAAAACCCGAGUCAUUAUCAUGAUUUUAAGGCAAUUUUUUUCUUCUUUCUAGUACAGAACAGCCUUGGUUACAGUAUGUUCUGCAUGGCGACCGUCUCGGCCAACUCGAUAUCCGUCAAUUUCACGAUUAUUUGCAUGGAUGACGUCAUCGCUGAGCAGAAGGGCAACUCGACAGGUUUCAAGUUUGAAGCUGAAAAAAUUGGCAAACGCUACCAAAAAAAAAUAUUAUAGUUGAGAAUAAUUUUUUGCUUUCAAAUCACUGUAAGUAUGAAAAUAUAACUUUCUCAGAGGAAUUAAGAAAAUCUUAAAAUAUCGACGCCCUUUCAAGUCGCGAAAAACGGACAAUAACGAAAAUUGCCCCUUUUAGCGAACAAGAAAUUCAAAAGUGUAGUUGAUCAAGUUGAAAGCAUGGUCUUACGGUUCCUUGCUGUGCUGGAGCCCGAGACCGUGCUCUAUGGAAGCCUUGAAGCAACCACAGAAAAGUGAAAUCUUGACACUGACCAAACGUUUCUUGAUAGAACCCCACUGGCUGGAGAACAACCAAGACGUCUCGUUGCUUUUCUCGGCGAACGCCAUCGGCCAGCUGUUGGGCGUGCUGCCGUCGGUUCAUCUACUAACCCACCUUGGCGUCAGGAAGACCCUGACGGCCUACGGAGCCGCCUCGGCCCUCGGCACGAUUUUCUUCCCGGCAGCCGUCGAUUUCGGCCUCCCGGCGGUGCUAAUCACCCGAGUUCUCCAUGUUUGGAGAUUCUUACGAAUUCAACGAAUUUUUCCAAUUUUUCAGGGAAUCGGCAUCAGCACGUUGUUCUCGGCGAUGGGCGCCAUUUCUGCGGGUUGGUCGCCGAAUAGCGAAAUCAGCACUUACCUGGCCGUCUUGUCCAGCUCCUUUCAGGUGAUUUCAAAAAAGGGCAAAUUCUUCUGGGCCUCUGUCUCUGUCUUUCUCGGUGUUUCUGGCCUUCUGCCAAAGUCAUCUCUUCACAUUUUUAUUUUCAUGUUCUCUUUUUCCAAUCUUUAAAAUAGAACAAAAAUGUUAUCAGAUGAGCUUCAUCGUCACGAAUCCCGUGGCCGGCCUCAUGUGCGAGUCUUCCCUCGGCUGGCGAACCCUUUACUACAUUCUCAGUGGGAUGACCGUUUUCUUCUUCGUGCUCUUCUACUUUUUCUACGCCGACUCGCCGAGUCUCCAUAGGUUUUGAAUUAGUCGGAAAUUUUAGGGGCAGGGGCAAAAUUAUGGGUCCAUGAAGCUGUUUUAUUUGAAUUACUUACCAAGUAAGGCUUCAGAAAUGUCAGCGGCAAGGAGUUGAACAAGAUCAACAGCGGAAAAGCGCCCCAAUCUAAAAAAGGCGUCCCUUACAAGGCGAUGGUCCGCGACAAAGUCGUUCUGGGGAUCUGGACCACUGUAAGUCGAUUUUUUCUUGUCAAACUGGGUAUUAAAGAAAGACAAAGUCCAUGAAGGUCUCAGGGCGAUCAGUAUUUUUUAGACACAGCUGCGCUUUUAAACUUGAAAAAGAAUUGAUCUUGUUUCGAGAAAACGGAACUUGGUCCGAAAUGCAACGUAUUUUUUCGAGAUAGAGAUAGAGUUUAGGACCUUUUCGGGUCAUUUUCUAGGCUUUAAUAAAAUCAAAAGAACUUGGACGAAGUUCAUGAAGGUCUUAAGGCGAUAAGCUUUUUUUUAGACACCGCUGCGCUUUUAAUUUUGCAGAGACGAUUCUACUUACAUUGUUUCUUGAAAAAAAACCGGAACUUGGUCCAAAACGCAACGAAAUUGCUUCGAAAUAGGACCGUUUCGGAGCAUUUUUGAGGCUUGAACCAUUUUUUGUAAUGAAACAUCUCACGUUUCUCCAAUAAACAUGCAAGCAAUAAAAAUAGCAUAGAAGCUGAUCCAAAGUUUUUAGAGGUCUCGAGGCGAUAAGCAUCUCUUCAGACACCGCUGCGUCUUUAAAUUUUCAAAAAAUCGAUCACUUAUGGCAUUUUUAUCAAAAAACAAGACUUGGCAAUGAAAUCGCUCGGAAAAAAAAAUUAGGACUGCUUCGGAGCAUUUUUGAAGCGACAAUGUACCUUUUUUUGCUGUUUUGAAACAGGCUAAGUUUCUCCAAAAUAAAAAAGUCCUAAUUGUCAGGUCAUCGGCGGAAACCUCGGCUUCUUCAUGCUGAUGUUCUACGGGCCAAUUUACCUCAAUAAGGUUAUUUAUUAUUCAUUCGAUAUGAUUCAACAACUUUUCCCGUUUGUUCUGCAAAAAACACCGUAUACCAAAUAUGACCAAAAGUCGCUUCAAGACCUGUGUUUACAGUAGAGGAAUAAUUUUCACAACAUUUUUCUGUUCCUUUUGAGGGCAGUGUUGUGUAUAUAGAAUAAAAGAUAACGUGGGAGAUAAAACCACUAUAUAAAGAGCGGUCUCACAGGCUCUGAACAAUCGCCUCACCGCUGCACCGGAGUCGGACGAUGACAUGCCGGAGCACGACAGUACCCCGCCCUCGGCCGUUGCCUCUACUACUUGACUCUUCAUCUUAUUUGCUUACCAUUGAAUAAAUGAUGUAAGCAGUUCUGGAUUCAGUAUGAUUGUACACAUACUUAAAAGUGGCGAUCAGGAUGAGACUUUUAAGUAUGUGUACAAUCAUACUGAAUCCAGAACUGCUUACAUCAUUUAUUCAAUGGUAAGCAAAUAAGAUGAAGAGUCAAGUAGUAGAGGCAACGGCCGAGGGCGGGGUACUGUCGUGCUCCGGCAUGUCAUCGUCCGACUCCGGUGCAGCGGUGAGGCGAUUGUUCAGAGCCUGUGAGACCGCUCUUUAUAUAGUGGUUUUAUCUCCCACGUUAUCUUUUAUUCUAUAUACACAACAGGCAGAGGUCGUUUUUUCAAAAGCAAAGUUAAAAAAGCGACGUUCAACGGGUCUUUUGGUCUUUUAAAAGCCUCGGAACGUUUUUUUUAUGUACUUUGUUAAAUAUAUAUUUUUUAAAGGUCUUGAAGUUGAACGUGACGGAAACUGGCUUCGCCAACGCCCUUCCUUAUGUUUUCGCAGCACUCGUCAAGAUGAUCGCCGGUCCUUUGUCCGAUUAUUCGACUUGUAUUUCGGAAAGGGUACGGAAGUUAUUUCAACUUGAGAAAUUUUCUGAAACUACAUUUUUGACAUUUUUAGGGGUUUUUUUGCUCUCAUUUCAGUGCUUUGAAACUUUUGAAACUUUGAAAUUUUUAUUCAGUCUUCAGAGUAUGUUCUCUUCUGAAUCAUGAAAUAAUUGAAGAGCGCACUUCAUUUCAGUGCCUCUUGUCUGAAUUAAGUUAGAAAAAUCAAAUUUCAGCUGCGAAUGAUAAUGUUCGCCUCCGUUUCACAAGGCGCUCUGGCCCUAGGUCUCGUAGUCAUGUCAUUGGUAUUUUAUUCCAAAAAAAAAUUUCGAACUAUCAAUUUUUCAGACAACCAACCGUUAUAUUGCUCAAACAGCCUUCACAUUUGCAAUAGUUUUGGCCGGAUGCAACAUUGUCGGAGUGAUAAAGUGUGCUCAAAUGGUGAGAGCUUAGAAAUGAUCAGAAAUCAGUCGAUUCCCCUUAGACCUCGGUAAAGUGAGGGAAAGGCUCAAAAAAAGCCCCAGAAAGGUAGAAAAAAGUACCUUUAUCGAGCCUUCCAUUUUGUCUAUAAAAAACAUAAUGGUGGAAAAAGAGGCAGCAAAAAUGGUGCAUAAUAGCCGAGGAUAUGGCGCAAAAAGGCUGCAAAAAAGGAGCUUUUGUCAUCCUAAAAGGAAAAUUUCUAUGGAGCCUUUUCCGUACUUUACUGACGAGAGAUAUUGAAAAAAAAAGUAUAAUCAUUUAAAUUCAGGUAGCUCGACAAUAUGUCCAUUUCGUGAUGGCGGUGAUUUCUUUCCUGGCCUGCAUUAGUACAUUUGUUCUACCUUUCAUCGUUGGAUACACCUGUCCUAACAACACCGCCGAAGAGGUUUUUUUUACAAGCAGCUCUGGAAUUUUUUAAAGGAGCAUGAAGAACAUCGCUGCGCCUUUAAACACCGCAGAAAUUUUUAAAUUUUCUCCAACUUCAUGGUUAAUAUACUUUCAGUGGUCACGGUUCUUCCUUGUCAUUGCUGGGAUUAUCGUCCUCACAAACUUAACAUUCCCCUUCGUGGCUACAACUGAGCCAGCGGCCUACACUCUUCCUGGCUGGACGCCAAAAGGAAAAGUCCAAGACACACAAUAA